UCUCAGGGGAGCUUUGAACAUCUUUUCACUGGACAGCUAGCAGUUUUUAGGUGCAAUAACUCGUGAAAUCUCUUAACAAAGCGGGAUGGGUUCCAGAUUCCCAUCUCAUCAGCUCAGCAACGGCCUCUAUGUAUCAGGUCGUCCAGAGCAGCCCAAGGAAAGGACUCCGACAAUGAGUUCAGUUGCUAUGCCAUAUACAGGUGGUGAUAUUAAGAAGUCAGGAGAAUUGGGAAAAAUGUUUGACGUCCCUGUGGAUGGCUCCAAGUCUAGGAAAUCUGGACCGAUAAACAAUGCACCUUCAAGAACUGGGUCUUUUGGGGGAGCUGCUUCACAUUCUGGGCCGAUCAUGGCCAAUGCAGCAGUUCGGGCUGGCUAUACAACAUCUGGCCCUGUAACCUCUGGAGGCAUGUCUGGUUCCUUAAAAAAGUCAAAUUCUGGACCCCUGAAUAGACAUGGAGAACCUUUAAAGAAAGUAUCUGGUCCUCAAUCUGGUGGAGUAACACCCAGUGGCCGACAAAAUUCUGGGCCCCUUCCUCCUGUUCUCCCUGCAACUGGCCUCAUCACAUCUGGUCCCAUCUCGUCAGGCCCAUUGAAUUCAUCUGGAGCCCCUAGGAAGGUGUCUGGUCCUUUAGACUCCAUGGGAUCAAUGAAACUACAAGGUUCUGCUGUUACUCAGAAUCAAGCUGUGACCGUUCUUAGUCAAGAUGAUGAAUUUUCAUUCAAUAGAAACUUUCCGAGGACAAUACUGUGGUCGCUGGUUCUACUUUUUGUGAUGGGAUUCAUUGCUGGUGGUUUUAUUCUUGGAGCAGUUCACAAUGCCAUUCUUCUCAUUGUUGUUGUGGUUCUUUUCGGUGCUGUAGCUGCAUUGUUUGUUUGGAAUUCCUGCUGGGGAAGAAAGGCUAUUAUAGGGUUCAUUGCUCGUUAUCCAGAUGCUGAGCUUAGAAAUGCAAAGAAUGGGCAAUUCGUGAAAAUCUCCGGGGUACGUAUUUUAGGUUCAUCCCAUGAUAGAGUAUACUCAUUUUACAUUUGCUAAUGCAAGUACAUCUUU